CAGAAGUGACUGAAAAAUACAGCUUCUUCCUGAAUGUACCGGCUUAGUUACUGAAGAGAGCUCUAGACAGGACAUGUCUCUGAAGCCUCACUCCUUGGAAUGUCCUCUCGCUCCCGGCUUAUAAACAACUGUCCUGGGCAAAGAAAGGUUUUACGUUUCCAAAUACAGCCUGACAAAUGGCACUUUGGGACUGUGCUUUCUGAUGACAAGGCGUUCGAUUUCUGACAAAGCCUCUUGCACGCUGCCCCUGGAGGGAAGUCCUAAGUAAAACUCAGACCCUCCUGAAGUGAGGCUCCGAGGGCUUGCAGCGACCGGCAGCAUGGCAGCCGCCGGGCACCUUAUCACCUUGCUCCUGUGGGGUUACUUACUGGAGCUUUGGACAGGAGGUCACACAGCUGACACCCCUCACCCCCGCUUACGCCUGUCACAUAAAGAACUCUUGGAUCUAAACAGAACAUCAAUAUUUCAUAGCCCUUUCGGAUUUCUUGACCUCCAUACAAUGCUGCUGGAUGAAUAUCAAGAGCGACUCUUUGUGGGAGGCAGGGACCUCGUGUAUUCCCUCAGCUUGGAACAAAUCAGUGACGGCUAUAGAGAGAUACACUGGCCUAGCACAGCACUAAAAACAGAAGAAUGUAUAAUGAAAGGAAAAGAUGCAAGUGAGUGUGCAAAUUAUGUUCGGGUUUUGCAUCACUAUAACAGGACACACCUUUUGGCCUGUGGUACUGGGGCUUUCGACCCACUAUGUACCUUUAUCAGAGUUGGGUACCAUUUCGAGGAGCCUCUCUUUCACCUGGAAUCACACAGAAAUGAGAGAGGAAGAGGCAGGUGUCCUUUUGACCCCAGCUCCUCCUUCAUCUCCACUUUGAUUGGCAGUGAGUUGUUUGCUGGGCUCUACAGUGACUACUGGGGCAGAGAUGCUGCCAUCUUCCGGAGCCUGGGGCGCCUGACCCACAUUCGCACUGAGCAUGACGACGAGCGCCUGCUGAAAGAACCAAAAUUUGUAGGUUCGUAUAUGAUUCCUGACAAUGAAGACCGCGAUGACAACAAAGUAUAUUUCUUUUUUACUGAGAAGGCUCUGGAGGCAGAAAAUAAUGCCCAUGCAAUUUACACCAGAGUGGGGCGACUUUGUGUGAAUGAUGUGGGAGGGCAGAGAAUACUGGUCAAUAAGUGGAGCACAUUCCUCAAGGCAAGACUGGUUUGCUCAGUACCAGGAAUGAAUGGAAUUGAUACAUAUUUUGAUGAACUGGAGGAUGUUUUUUUGCUGCAUACCAGAGAUCAUAAAAACCCAGUGAUAUUUGGACUCUUUAACACUACCAGUAAUAUAUUUAGAGGGCAUGCUAUAUGUGUCUAUCACAUGUCUAGUAUCCGGGCAGCCUUUAAUGGACCGUAUGCACAUAAGGAAGGACCUGAAUAUCACUGGUCACUCUAUGAAGGAAAAGUUCCUUAUCCAAGGCCUGGAUCUUGUGCCAGCAAAGUGAAUGGGGGGAGGUACGGAACCACCAAAGAUUAUCCGGAUGAUGCCAUCCGGUUUGCGAGAAGCCAUCCACUAAUGUACCAGCCCAUAAAACCUGCCCACAAAAAGCCUAUAUUGGUAAAAACGGAUGGAAAAUAUAACCUGAGACAAAUAGCAGUGGAUCGAGUGGAAGCUGAGGAUGGCCAAUAUGAUGUCUUGUUUAUCGGGACAGAUAAUGGAAUUGUACUAAAAGUGAUCACAAUUUAUAACCAAGAAACAGAAUCCAUGGAAGAAGUAAUUUUGGAAGAACUUCAAAUAUUCAAGGAUCCAGUUCCUAUCAUUUCUUUGGAGAUUUCUUCAAAGCGACAACAGCUGUAUAUUGGAUCAUCUUCUGCUGUGGCUCAAGUCAGAUUCCAUCACUGUGACAUGUAUGGUAGUGCUUGUGCUGACUGCUGCCUGGCUCGAGACCCUUACUGUGCCUGGGAUGGCAUUUCCUGUUCCCGGUAUUACCCAACGGGCACACAUGCAAAAAGGCGGUUCCGCAGACAAGAUGUUCGGCAUGGAAAUGCAGCUCAGCAAUGCUUUGGACAGCAGUUUGUUGGGGAUGCUUUGGAUAAGACUGAAGAGCGCCUGGCCUAUGGCAUUGAGAACAACAGUACUUUGCUGGAAUGUACUCCACGAUCUUUACAAGCGAAAGUCAUCUGGUUUGUACAGAAAGGACGUGAAACAAGAAAAGAGGAGGUGAAGACAAAUGACAGAGUGGUUAAAAUGGACCUUGGUUUACUCUUCCUAAGGGUACGCAAAUCAGAUGCUGGGACCUAUUUUUGCCAGACAGUAGAACAUAGUUUUGUCCAUACUGUUCGUAAAAUUACCUUGGAGGUAGUGGAAGAAGAGAAAGUGGAGGAAAUGUUUAAUAAAGACUAUGAGGAGGACGGGCCUCACCGGAUGCCUUGUCCAGCCCAGAGCAGCAUCCCACAAGGAGCAAAACCAUGGUACAAGGAAUUCUUGCAGCUUAUUGGUUACAGCAACUUCCAGAGAGUGGAGGAAUACUGUGAAAAAGUAUGGUGCACAGAUAAGAAGAGGAAAAAGCUUAAAAUGUCACCCUCCAAGUGGAAGUAUGCCAACCCACAAGAAAAGAAGCUCCGCUCCAAACCUGAGCACUAUCGUCUACCCAGGCACGUGUUAGACUCCUGAUGGGAAGAAACCAUCAACUGGCUUUUCAAAGAUUUAUAUUUGGAAUCUAAAAGAGAGAGAGAAACCAUCCAACUUCUUUGCAUUACUUAAAAGAGAUUUCUGUAAUACAGAAAGGACUAUAAAUGUGUUAGGAU